UCUUCAUUAUUUCCUCUCUUCUCUCGUAUGCAUAUUAUGCAUAAACUCUUCUUUCUUCCCUUGCAUACACAGAUACAUACACUCUGCUUUCAUUUGCUUUUUGCUUUUGCUUUUGCUUUACCUUCCAUAACCAACAAUAGCAAAUAGCUUCUCAAAUUUUUUCUCCUAGAAAUUCUCUGUUUCUUCUCAUUUGGGUCUUGGAGAUUUUCACUUACUUCUCUGUUUUUUUUGCACUGGAGAGGUCCUCAGUCUUAUUUUUUUCUGAACUUGAAAAGCUCCAAAAUUUCUCAAGAAUUCUGCUUGGUUUUACGAAAUUUUAUCUGGGUUUUGCUUAAUUUGUUUUGGGUUUUAAAGUUCGUGUGAAUUUGGAUCUGAUAUUAGGGUCUAGGGUUUAUAAUUGGACUACACUUGAGAUCUGCUUUUCUCUAUUGGUUGUCGAAUUUUCCUUGGGUUUCGGAAAGCUGGGGACUUUUCUAGAUUCCUCAAAUUUAUACUUAUGUGCAAGGAUAAAAAUAAAUAACAAAAGUUACUCAGAUUCCAUUGAAAUGCUUGUUGAUUUGAUGCUACUUUCCCCAUAAAACUCUCCCACUUAUUUGCAUUUUCUUUCUGGGUUUCUCUCUCUUUGAUCAUUCAAAGAGAGAGAGAGAGUGUUGUCCAUUGUCUAAAUCAUCUUUGGCAUGCGAGAUUUUUUUCGCAAAACUCCACAGUAUACAUAACCAGAAUGAUGAACAGAGGAAUUGAAAUUCUGUCUCCAGCUUCUUAUCUGCAGAACUCCAACUGGUUAUUCCAAGAAAGCAAAGGUGCAAGAUGGACCCCUGAAGAGAACAAACGCUUCGAAAAUGCUCUUGCUUUUUACGACAAGGAUACGCCUGACCGUUGGGUUAAGGUUGCAGCCAUGAUUCCGGGGAAGACAGUGGGAGAUGUGAUCAAACAGUACAGGGAAUUAGAGGAGGAUGUGAGUGACAUAGAGGCAGGAUUGAUCCCAAUUCCUGGCUAUACCACUGAUUCUUUCAAAUUAGAGUUGGUUAGCAGCAAUCAUGGAUUUGAUGGGUUGGGACAAUUUUAUAGUCCCGGCGGGAGGAGGGCCACCGGAAUCCGACCUUCUGAUCAGGAAAGAAAGAAAGGAGUACCCUGGACUGAAGAAGAACACAGGCAAUUUCUUCUUGGCCUUAAAAAGUAUGGUAAAGGGGACUGGAGAAACAUAUCAAGAAAUUUCGUGACUACUAGGACUCCGACUCAGGUUGCCAGUCAUGCUCAAAAGUACUUCAUUAGGCAGCUCACUGGAGGAAAGGAUAAAAGACGGUCGAGCAUCCACGAUAUCACAACUGUUAAUGUUCCAGACUCAAAAUCCGUUUCUCCUGACAACAAUUCACCUUCAUCACCGAAUCAUUCGACUGCAAGCAUUCAGCAGCAGCAACCAAAGGUAGGUGGAAUGGGAAAAGGACUAUUUGACUGGAAGCCACAAAAUGGAGGAGCAGCUGCUGCAGCUUUCAAUCCAGCAAAUGGCAAUGCUUUCAUGGCCCCUUUCUAUAGUAUUUCUUCAUACGGACUUAAGGUACAAGAGCAAAAUCUGCUUAGAGGAACUCUUCAUGAGUCUCAGUUUGGACCUUAUGGUUUUCACAUGCAGUCUAUGCAGCAUCAGUGAAAUUCAUGGGCCUUAUGGUUUUCACAUGCAGUCUGUGCAGCAUCGGUAGAAUUCAUGGAUGAAAUGGAGGGAGUUCUGGUUUCCGAUCAAGAUAUGAAUAUGCAAAAUCAAUGUUAGUCAUGUUGGAUUCCCAUAUGAUGGUUUUUUUAUGUGAAUAUGUUGAUGAAUGACUCGGUUUAGUCCUUAGAUAUCAAACUCUACAAAAGAGGUCAGUUAGGUCGAUUUUGUGAUUUGGUAUUCAUAGCAGACUAUUUGUCAAGAAGGCAUGAGCUUGUUUACUUGUAUUCCCACUGUGUGUUUGGGUGUAUGAAUGAGUUGGUGGUUGUCACAGGGCAUUCUCAACAACACAUUAUCCAAUUUAGGUAAAGGGUCAUCAUCUCCUAAAUGACCCAUGAGAAAUUAUUAAGCAGCUUCCAAGUUUACCAUGAUUGGUGAAGUACAGGCAUCAAGGAGAUAAAAUUAUCAUCUGGGUUCAUUUCAGAGCUUUAGAAAGUUUGUGCUGUAUGUAAAUAUACAUCUUUUACAAUCAUGGUUGAUUAUAAUUUCAUAAAGUAUUGGAAGCAGAGUUGUUAAAACCA